AUUAAUUACGUAGUUGGUGACGAAUACCAUUCUGGCGCAUAAUACAUCUGUUUGUAGAAAAAACAUUUCCAAAUCGAUUUCAGAAAAAAGUUAAACGAAAUUUAGGGAUCAACGAGGUUUGAAAAAGCUGCAUUGACUGCAGAACAUGAUUAAAUCAUUGUUUCGGCGGGAAAUCGAGCUGGGUGUCUGGUUAUUGAUAUGUUUUAUUUACCAGAGCAUAUGAUAAAAUAGCUUCAUCCUUGUACGAGAUUUUCAUGUUUGAAUUCUUCUGACAUCAAGUUUGUGAAAUCAGUAUCUUGUUUUCGUCGGAUUUGCUAUCUUGUUUUGAUAAACGAAGUAAUCAAAUAUUUGUCUGCGCAAGGGAAAACGCAAAUUGAACACGUGACUUUGCCAUUUCAUGUGUCAUGGAGUCCGUCACAAACGAAUGUAUAUAAAGUCCGUUUUCUACCAAUGCAUUCAAACUUUGAGAAUUUGAGGUGCACGAUGACCAAUUUGAAUCGUCGAGGAAGUUUAUCUGAAACAAGUAUUGAAAGAAGUUGUAUAGACAGCGUCUUUGUCGAAGAGGAAGAAACACUCGGUUAUAUCGCACGUGAUGACGGUUUGGUUAAUGGCCUCAUACCUCGCAUUUCAAUAUCUCUUACAUCACAGCCAGCCCCUAAAACUUGGGAGAAAAGAGAUCUUACAAGAAGUAGAUCAUUACCAGAUAAAAAUGAGAUUGCGUCUUCCAAAAGUAAUCGCCAUGAGCUGCCAGAGCUCGAAGCACUUGAAGCUUGUUACUGGUUAAGAGCCACGGGAUUUCCACAGUACGCGCAGAUGUAUGAAGAUUCCUUGUUUCCCAUCGAUAUUGCAGCAGUGGCUAAAGAUCACGAUUUUUUGGAUAAAGAUUCCAUCGAGGCAUUGUUCAGGAGACUACAAACACUUAACAACUGCGCAAAAUUGAAGCUUCAUCCAAGAAAGAUCGACGAGUACGAUUCCGACGACGAAGAGCUCAUUGCACUAAGUUCGAGGUGGAAACUGCAGAGAAAGAAUAGAAAAUGGUCUCGUAGAAAAAUAUCGGAUGAUACUCUAAAGGUUUCAAUUAAUGACAAUAAAACAUCUCCGAAAUCAUCUCGAACUAUUAUGCAUUCAAUAGAGAACCAUUCGAACCAUGAUAAUAUAAUUAAUAUUAAUCACAUCAACAACAAUGCAGCCUUAGAACUGCUAUAUUCGAGGUUAAAUGAGAGAAGACCAAGCUUAUACGAUAAUCUUUCCCCAAACAAUCAAACAACUACGAGGAAUUCGCUCGGUAAGUCAUCGCUAGCGAACGAUGACGUUAAUGAUUCGGAGGUUCGGUCGCCCAUGGCAAAAAGAAGACCAGGAAAUUCGUCUUCACAGUUUGCCAAAGAAGAUAUUCUUGGUUCUUCUCCCGAUGAUCAAUCAUCCGACGAAGAAGAUGUUUCCAACGAUUUAGAGUUGGUUAAAUCACUUAAUGAACAAGCUCCUAGAACGGAUAAACCAAAAGCAAAGAAAGCCAGAUGGCACAGUUUUCAAUAUUCGAAAAAUCCACGAAGAGACUCAACUCUACCUUCUCUAAAGAUAUCGAAUUUGUCUGCUGGUCAAUUGGCUGUCCUCAGGAAACUAUCAUUACUCAAGUUGACGGCUUUAAUUGAAAGAUAUUCAACAGUAACUAGGGGUUUAGGAUGGUCUGUUCCAAGGAUCUUCAAGAAAAUGAUCACUCCCGAUUAUAAAGGAAAGAAUGUAUUUGGAGUGCCAUUUUCUGUGAAUGUUCAACGUAGCGGUUAUUCGUUACCAAAAACUAUACUUUGUGCAAUACAUCACUUACGACAAACAGCACUCCAGUCCGUUGGAUUAUUUCGAAGAUCAGGUGGGAAACAGAGAAUACAUCAACUAAAAACCUUAAUGGAGAGUAAUCCUGAAAUGGACGACUUUCAAGAUUGGGCAAUAUUUGAUAUCGCAGAUGUGUUGAAGAUUUAUUUCCGAGAACUUCCUGAACCAUUACUUACCGUAAAAUUGGCUGACACAUUUUUAUCCAUACACCAGCAUGUUCCAAAAGAAUUAAGACUUGGGGCGAUGCAAGCAGUUGUACUUUUAAUGCCGGACGAAAACAGAGAGGCGUUGCAGAGUCUUUUACUUUUUUUACAUGAUGUAGCUCAACAAUCCAAUAUUAACCAGAUGACAGCAAGCAAUUUGGCAGUGUGCUUCGUUCCAGCCUUCUUUCAUCUCUGUGGUGCGUCCGAUGAUGUCCUAGGUGCUAAACGAGUAAAAAGACCUACGGUUAAUAAAGCAGCGAAGGAUUUGACCACUGGUCUGGACGCCCAAGAAUGUAUAACACAAAUGAUAACGGAAGUUCGAAAAUUAUUUGCUAUUCCACAAGAUACGAUGAUGAAGUGUAAAUUUUCUUACAUCGAGCAAGGCGAGCCAGUAGAUGUUGAAGAACUAGGAAAAGUAGAUGGCUGUACCGAUGAAGAUUAUCACAGUUAUCUUGAAACUUGCAUAGCUUCAAUACUUAAGGAAUCAAGACUAAAAUUCAAGAACUGGGUGUCACAUACUUGUCCUGAGACAAAUCUAUCUUCAAUUGAUAUCUCUUAUAAGAAAGUUCGAGAUGGUUAUCCUUUACGAUUAUGGAAAGCGACAGCAGAGAUCCAUGCCGAGCCAGAAGCUGUUAUGAAGAGAAUCGUUCACGACAGAAAACUGUGGGAUGAAGAUUUACUGUCGGAAAAAGUUCUUCGGGAGUUGACUGAAGACAUAGAUAUUUAUCAAUACAUCACAAGAACGUCAUUAUUACAUCCACCACGUGACCAUGUUGUUCUAAGAGCAUGGCGAUCGAAAAUCGACAAUGGAAAGUGCGUUAUUGCCACAACAUCUGUUGCUCAUACAUCAUCUGUGACAUCUGAGAGCAUUCGUACAACUGUGUUGGCCUCUAGAUACUUGAUUGAACCCAUUGACUGCAACAGAUCACGAUUAACUCACGUGUACAGAGUUGAUCUCAGGGGUCGUUCACCGGAAUGGUACCACGCUGCUAUGCCUGCGAUUCUCGCUAACGUUAUGCUAAAGUUGAAGAAAUCAUUUCUUGAUGAUGGAGGCAGUCAGGAAACGAAUGUUUAAUAUACAAGUAUGAAAACUUUACGCGUGUUAUGAAAUCUAAAUGGUGGACAAUGUUCGUCGUGAAAAAAGCUACUUCGUUCACAUAACCAUAAGCCUUUUGACUGGAGUCAAUAAAUAUUUUCGCUUAACACGUAAACAAUGAAAAGUACUUUUAUGUCAAUUAUGUACGAAUCUAUAAAUUGAACAGCAAACUUGGAGUUUGAAAUACGCCUUUUUUAAUUUCGCAUGUACAUGUCUUCUUAUGCUCAGAACUAACGUUAUAGAAUUAUCUAUUGUCUUGUGCAUUUAAAGUACAUUGUAGAAGGUCAACUGUGCGUGAGAUCGUCGUAGACAUUGCCAUCAAAACUAUGCAACCAAAAUGUAUUGUGAAGCGCAAUAACUUUGGUAAUUUUAAAAUAAUUAAAAAUUGAGUAAAUUGUAAUGACUUUUAUCGAUUCAUUAGAUCUCGCAUUAGACAUCUUUUGUUGUUUUUUUAUUAGCCGUGUGCAUGAAUAGGAUGAGUAACAUAAAUUUGGGCGUAAAGUUACUCUGCUAUUCAAGAAUGUAUGGAUAUGUUGUAACUAAAUUACUGAUUGUUUGAUUAUGCGACAAUUAAGAUUAAUGA